CUAGCUGUAGAACUCUACAUAUGGAGUUAGCAAGUGUUCACGACUUUCUAAAGGGAAAAACCAUUUUAGUUACCGGUGCAACGGGAUUCUUAGCAAAACUUUUCGUGGAGAAGAUAUUAAGGGUUCAACCAAACAUAAAAAAGUUAUACCUUCUUCUAAGAGCAGAAAAUCCUCAUAUAGCUACCCAACGCUUGCACGAUGAGGUUUUGGCGAAGGACUUGUUCAAGGUGGUACGAGAAAUGUGGGGUGCAGAUUUUGGCUCCUUCAUAUCCGAGAAAGUGUUGGCUGUUGCUGGCGAUGUUUCUCUUGAGAACUUGGGACUUAAAGACCUAAACCUAAGGGAAAAGAUGUGGGAAGAUAUAGAUAUCAUAGUUCACGCUGCUGCUGCUACCAAGUUUGACGAGAGAUUUGAUAUUGCAAUGAGCAUAAACACGAUGGGAGCUCUUCAUGCUCUGAACUUCGCUAAGAACUGUAGUAAAAUGCAAAUUCUUCUCCACUUAUCUACUGCUUACGUAUGCGGUGAGGCCAAAGGACUAGUACCUGAGGAGCCUUUUCACAUGGGUCAGACCCCAAAUAGGUCCUCAACAUUAGACAUCAACGUUGAAAAACUGCUAAUUGAGGAAAAAAUGGAGGAGCUCCGGGCACAAAAUGCUGGUGAACAAACAGCCACAUCGGUCAUGAAAAACCUUGGAAUUAUAAGGGCAAAUUUACACGGAUGGCCAAAUGCCUAUGUAUUUACAAAAGCGAUGGGAGAGAUGAUUUUGUUCAAUAUGAAAGGUGAUGUACCUUUGAUCAUCGCACGCCCUACUACAGUACUCAGCACUCACUCUGAACCAUUCCCCGGUUGGAUUGAAGGUGUGAGAACGGUUGAUGUUUUUGUUGUCUUGUACGGUAAAGGAAAAUUAAGAAGAUCGGUUGGUCGUCGGAAUACAAUUAUCGACGCGAUACCAGCUGACAUGGUGAUAAAUUCCAUGAUAAUAGCAUUAUUAGAGGCUCAAUAUUCAAAGAGCCUUUCCAAGACAUUGCUUUACCAUAUUGGUUCUUCGUUGAGAAAUCCAUUCACAAUUUCCGAUCUUGAGGAUGUAGCCUAUCAAUACUUCACAAAAAAUCCUUUGAUCAACAAAAAUGGAAAACCCGUGGCUAUCUCCAACAAAGUUACGUGGAUCUCUAGUAUGAGUUCAUUUGAAAGAUACAUGAAGAUUCGAUACGUGCUACCUCUAAUGGGAUUAAAUGUGGUGAGUAAGGUAUGUUGCCAUUGUUACGAUGAUUUUCACAUGGAAAGUCAACGAAAACUCCAAACAUUGAUGAAAAUAACAAGACUUUAUAAACCUUAUCUCCUAUUUGAGGGCACCUUUGAUGACAAGAACGCAGAAAUUUUACGGAUGGCAAAAAACAAAGCAGGAGAUGAUCUUGGGAGAUUUAACUUUGAUCCCAGGAACAUUGAUUGGAUGGACUAUGUGUUAAACGCCCACAUUCCUGGACUCGUGAAGUAUGUUGUUAAGUAAGAUGUAAUAAUAUAUAGCUCUUAUGUUCGCAUAUAUAUAUAUAUAUAUAUAUAU